AUGCUCCGCAACAUCUUUCUGGUCGGCUUGCUCAUAUAUGCAGUCUCUGCAGCUCACUGGGAGGUUCGUGAAGUGGACUCUGCUGAGGAUGAACUUGAAGAAACUCCUGAAGACAACAUGGUAAAGCAGAAGUUUCCCGGUAAAUGCACAAUAUGUAAAUACAUCAUGAAUCAGGUGAAGAAGAGACUUUCCACUAAGUCAACGCCGGAUGAAAUCAAAAACAAUCUGAUGAACAUCUGUAAUAAAGCUGUAGUGCUGAAAAGUCAGUGCAAGAAAUUUAUUCAGAAGCACAUACACACUCUGAUCGACGAGCUGAUGAACGACGACGGACCAAACACCAUCUGUACUAAAGUGCACGCCUGCAAAUCUGAACCACCCAUUAAAGAGUUCAUUUUUAUUCAUGAGCAGGCUUAUAGCAAGCUGUGA